AAAAGUGAUAAUCCAUGGAUUUUAUAAAUUGAAAGAUUCUCGUGCCAAGAGCACGAGACGUCAUCUCAUUUUAUGAACUCCGAUGGCUCCGAUGUUUAUUCGAGUCAAUAAUGCGAGCACUGCAGCACAGUAAAAGCAUUACAAAAUAAGUAGCACAUCAAAUGUAUUUAAUAUUUAUGCAUUACAAAGUAAGCACUCUCCCUUAUAUCGUUUGGAUGUCAAUUCUAUCACAAUGUAAUGUUUAACCAUUUGUUGUUAUCAACCUCAAUAGCUUUCUGCAUUUUCGUCAUCUCGCUGCAUUGUGGCGCUAGUGCACAAGACUACGACAACGACGCAUAUCCAGACGAAGAUAACAGAAUCGGUGAUAGCGCUUCAAUAAGUGAAGCGGAAAGAAGCCAUCGAGACGAGAAGCGUGAAGACGACUCCCAGCCUUUGGGAAUGAAAACAUCGACAGUCAUAGAAAUCAGCGCAGACGAUGCGAAAUCAACGAAAAAAGAAAACGAGGAAGAAGCAACAGUAUCUCACACACCCAAUACAAAAUUACAGGCUCCCAUAACAGUAAAGAAAACGCCAAAGGUAAUUACAAAGGGAAAGGGCAAAGAGAAAACCGUUCUGUCCCAGAAACUUCCACAAAAACCGUCACGUGUUGUUGUAGAUGUGAAAGAAAAGAAGGACAAGAAUGAUCCAAAAGGGAAGAAGAAAUGGGAGACUGACCUGGUUGUAGAAGGGAAAGCGAAGAAGGUAGAAGAUGAAGAUGACACAGAGGUGAUAAGCGACUCAGGUACUCCUCCAGAGGAAGAGGUAAUCGACGUGCAGUCUAGUGGCACUAAGACGGAGGAAAUCAUCGAUGUCGAAGGAGGAAAGGAGGAAGUGAUCGAAGUAGAACCGGUGACUGAAUCAUCAGAGGAAGUGAUAGAGGUUGUUAAACCGCCCAAACCACCCGAGCCAAAGGUCAUCGAGGUCAUAGAGCCACCAGGGCCAAGGAGUAAGGGCGACAAGGUGGUCGAAGUCAUUGAGCCUUCAGGUGCUGAGGAGAUUGUCGAGGUGGCAACCACGCCCCCAGAGACGCCUGAGGUCAUCGAGAUUGAAUCAGCCAAAAACAAGAACGGAGACGUCGUUAUAGAAGAGAUAGUGCCAAAUCCCGAGGACAUUGACAUCGAAAACAUGGGCAAAAAUAAUAAAGUUACCACAGCCAUCAAAGAGGGUCGGCAUGAGAUUUUGGAGGACAUUAAAGAGGGCCUGACUCCCGAUUUACUCCACUGGGCCGAAGAGGCCAUCGCAGCGGGCAUCGAAAAUGUUGUAAAUGCUGUAGAAGACAAAUACAUUGCCUACAUGAAGUCAAGGACCAGGAGGAAGCGUGAAGCUGCAUCUUCUAAAAGUGACGAUGGCGAUGACGACGAUGAAAUUAUAAAGACUAGUAGCAAGACACUGCACGCCGCUAUGAAAAAGGUACAAAAGGCUGCGGCCGUCCUUGCUUCAAGCGAGGCGAGAAACGCAGCAAAAGCCGCCUCCACAGCCGCCAAACUGAACAUGGACGUGACCAGCCAGGCGGCCAGCAACGCCAUGAAGUCGGUGGCCUCCGCGAUCGGCGCCGCGUCCCAGAACGCCGCCAAGCAGAUCGUGGAUGCCGAGAACCAGGCGGCGGCCGCGGCACUGGCCGGCGCCGCGCCGGUGAUCGUGGCCGGCGCCCAGCAGAGCAGUCCCGUCAUCGUCACCGACUCGGCGGCGGCGCCCGCUGCUGUCGAGGAGGCGGUAAUCGAGGCGGCCGCCCGUCCGCCGCCGGUCAUCGUCACAGAGAACUCGCCGGGCACGGCGGCGGCCGUCGAGCAGGCGGCGGCGACGGCGGCGGCGGCGGCGACGGCGGCGGCGGCGGCGAGCGGCAGCGGCCGCGACCUGAUCCAGCAGACCCUGCAGAUUCAGAAGGGACUGAACCUGGUGAUGCGCGCAGUGCUGAAGGAGAAGGAGCGGGUGGCCGCCGAUCUGGCGCGCUACCAGAACAAGAUCAGCUUCCUGCUGCGGGAGAUGACCGGAGCGGCGGCGGCCGAGGCGGGCGCCGCGGGUCGGCGGCGGCGACGGGAGGUGCGCCGGCAGCGGCGCGCGCUGCUCACCACCGAGCACCUCCACCAGCUGCUGCAGCGCGAGCAGCACCGCGUCAACCAGAUGCUGCACCUGCUCGAUGUCGGCAUCAGCACUGAGAAGAGGAAGCGGGCGGCGCCCGAGGCCGGCGCGUGCCGCAGCCUGGCCAAGAAACGCUCCGGCGGCAGCAGGGAGAGCCAAUGUGUCGAGGUCGGCUGACGGAUCAUUUCGGAAUCACGAGUGUUUUGAAAAAAUGCAGUGUGUUGCUUUCGUGUCAACUGUAGCAUGAUGUGUUGAAUAAAUAUGCCUAUAUCGCAUGCCUAGAUCCCAA